AUUUUGGACAGAUCCUAUUUUACUCAUAUUUUUUACUUGUCGCACAAAGUUUAACCCUAAAUAAUUUCGCCCUAAGCUUUUGACGGCAGAGCGGCGGUCGGGAGAGUCUCUAUUGACAAUGCCGGAAGGUCGACGGUUGGGAUUUUAGACUCACUUCCGGGACGGGGUUUGAGGUCGGCUCGAUCGUAAGGCUAAGAUAAAUGACCGUCGGUGGUGGUGAUCAGAGAUGAGUCCGGUGCAUGUAAAUUGAAGAAGGAGAAGAAACAAGCUCGGUGAAGGUGAGACGAUGAACCAGGGAGGAAGGAAACGCUUCUAGUUCUUGCACACGAGAAGCAAAAUUAACGCGUUUAUCUGAAGUUGAACGUUGUCCUGGACUAUGACCGACAAAUCUCUUUCUUCUUUGUGAACCUUCCUCAACCCUCUCACUCUUUGUUUCCACCAUGGGAGCCACCUAGCGAGCGUCUACCUCCACCUCUGCUCUCAUUCUUGCACGUGGCGUUCCCAAAUGCUGGAAUCUGCCUGCAUUGCCACCGCUUAUGUUAUCCAAUCCCGUUUUAAAGGCGCUAUAUUGUAUGAAUUACACGAUGCUUUAAUCAAUUAUUUUGUUCAUAGCAUCUAUUGCCGACAUACCCAGUUCUCGAUUUGCUUUUCUGGAGCUUAAUCUGAUUCUUUUAGAUCUUGGGUUUCACAUUAAGCAUUCUUUACAUCUUUAAUAUCUACCCAAUUAUCCAUUUCUUUGCUGGGAAUGGACAUUUCUGGUGGAGUUUGUUCUCCUAGAAUUAGGUCUGAUAGUUUGAGGAAAGAGGGAUCCGAGGAAAUCCCUUUGCAAGGUUUAGAGAUGGAAUUGUCUUCUGAUGUCGGUCAUGAUUAUCAAAUUCAGUCGAUGAAUGCGUUGGAUAUCAUGAGAGAGACCGUGAGGAUUCUUCGUUUUAACUCUUGGGGUUUCAUGGGGAUAAUGACUUUGCUCAUUUGUCCUGUUUCUGCUGUUAUUUUGUCUAAGAUACUAGUAAAUGAGUCCAUUGUGCAGAGACUUGCUCUGAAACUAAUGUUGGUUGCUCAAACUAGUGGUUUCUCUCUUACAACUUUCAUCAAAGACUCUAGCCAUCGUUUUGCAGAGACGAUGGUUUCUUCAGUCAUAUGCUUCCCAUUGUAUAUCACAUUGCUCUUAUCGUCAAAAGCUGCAGUAUUUUACACUGUAGAAUGUACUUACUUGAGAAAACUGUUUGAUGCGUCGAAGUUUUGCACGGUCAUUGCUAAGUUAUGGAGGCCAAUGGUUUCGACAUAUGCAUGGACUUGCACAGCUAUAGUAGGUUGCAUCAUCUUGUUCGCUGUUUUUCUAGUAGCUUUCUGCAGUGCAUUUUCUGUUCUUGGUUUUCCAUCAGAGAUGGUUGUGUGGGCUGUAAUGGUGGUUGGGCUAGUUUUCUCAGUCAUAUUUGCCAAUGUGAUUAUCAUUUGCAAAGUUGCUCUUGUAAUAUCUAUGCUGGAGGAUGUUUCAGGAGCACAAGCAAUGUUGAGAUCUAAAGUUUUAAUCAGCGGUCGAACUCAGGUGGGUCUUGUGAUCUUUCUUGUUUCUGCUAUAGGAAUGGCCUUUGUAGAGGGAUUGUUUGAGCACAGAGUAAAGACAGUGAGCUAUGGUGAUGGAUCUUCAAGGAUGUGGGAAGGACCACUCUUGGUGAUAAUGUAUUCCUUUGUUCUGCUUGUAGAAUCCAUGAUGAAUGCAGUGUUCUACUUCAGUUGUAAGUUUUCUUAUAAGGAGACCUCAGAUGUUGAAGGCGACUCAGUUUCAGACACCAGAAAGGUCGUAUCUGCUGAAUCAGUGGGCAUUCAAUGAGGUAGCCAAUUUGAUUUUGGUAUCAUAAAUUGAAUUGGUAAAAUGAAGAAGGGAACCACAUGACAUUGUCCCUGGCAAAUUAUAGCAUCAUAGAGGAGCUUUGCACUGAUUCCUCUUCAACGCAUUGAAUAUGUAAGCUAUAAAGAGUGGAUGAAUUUGAAUGGCUUUCAAGCAAGUGACAUAAAGGCAGGUUAUUAGUGGUUUUCAGGUUAUUAUUUGAAUGGCCUUCUGUGUUUUCAAAUCUAGAGAAACAUAAAGGCAGGUUAUUAGUGGUUUCUUUUUCUGCAAUGUUGUAGAAAAAUCUGUUAUUUGUGUGUACAAAAUGGUAGACUUUUUAAUUUGAAUAUUCUACAUUUAUGUACUCAUGCAUUUGAUCAGAGAGUAACACAAGAACGUGAUUGUAUAUGGAGAACCUAUCUCUUCUUUACACCUACUAUUUCUUAUUUCUUUAUCUUUUUCUCUGGAAAUGUAUGUGUUGCCUGUUGGAUUGAUCUUGCAUAUCAAUAUCAUUGGUGAAUCACAAUCAUUUUAUUAGGAAA